AUGUGCUGCGGCCAAGAACUCCAUCAAGUGGCCGCUAACAUCAAGGCCAUCCGGAAUCUCAAAGUCAGCGUGCCACACAAGCAGGUGGACUUUGACGUCAAUCUGGGCCUCGCGUCGGCUGCCGACGUCAUAGAACAAAUUCAAAGGUCAACUACCUGGAAGUGUGAGCGGGUCAUCGAGGAAGCAUGCAGUCUUGACAUUGUCCCUGAAAAUGCAGCCGGGUUUGCCUCUAGACCAUUACCCAUGGGAGUGGCCCAGGUCUCAAUCAUCGACAAGAAGCUUGUCAGGAUCUACUACGAUCCCAAAGUCAUUGGCGCCAGAGAUUUGGUGCAGUCUGGGUUUGGGGGGCCUCCUCUGACACUCGCCAAAAGCUCGGUCGACCAAAACAUGACCGCUGGCUGGAAAAACGUUCGUCAUUUGUUCGUUAUGACGAUGCUCUCUUGGAUCCUGACCAUUCCUGUCCUUGUCUUGGCUUACCUCCCACAAUCCGGAAAGCGGAUGAUUUCGUACGGGUAUGCAUCCCUAGCCCUUGCGACACUUGUCCAAAUUUUCGUCGCUGGCCCCUUUUACCGCGAGGCUUUGAGCCCACUGAUCAAGUCGGGGGCCAUCAACAUGGAAUUCUUGGUUGUGCUCAGCACCACUACCGCCUACAUCUUCUCCGUGGUGUCGUUUGCACUCUUGGUAUGCGGGCGUCCCCUGUCGACAGGUCAGUUCUUCGAGACGAGCACCUUGCUUGUGACUCUGAUCAUGGUCGGCCGCUUCCUUGCCGCUUUUGCACAGCACAAGGCUGUCGCGUCCGUGUCCAAGGUCAAGUCGCUCCAGUCUCAUGACGCCCUUCUUGUUGAUGAGGACGGAAGUAACGAGAUGGAGAUUGACGCACGCCUGCUUCAGUAUGGGGAUUACUUCAAGGUUGUUCCGGGUGCCAAGAUCCCCACCGACGGCAUUGUCGUCGAGGGUGAUUCGGAAGUGGACGAGUCCAUGAUCACUGGCGAGUCGCGACCCGUUGUCAAGACUGAAGGAUCCGAGGUGAUCGCAGGGACAGUCAACGGCUCGGGAGCUCUUCGGGUGCGGCUUACGACUGUUCCCGGCAACAACACCAUCAGCGUCAUCAUGACCAUGGUGCACAAGGCAAAGGUAGCCAAAACCAAGAUCGAGGGUAUUGCCGACCGCGUGGCCGGGUAUCUCGUCCGCGCUGUUCUUUGUCUGACAGGCAUCACCCUGAUCAUCUGGUGCGUUGUUGGUGUCAAGGUACACAAACUACGCGCUGCCGAGGCCAUCGUUCAAGCGCUCACCUAUGCCAUUACUGUUCUCAUAGUCUCCUGUCCUUGCGCUAUCGGACUAGCAGUUCCAAUGGUCAACACCAUGGUCAGCGGGCUGGCAGGUGACAGAGGAAUUCUCUUCAAGUCGUUGAAUGCCGUGGAGAUUGCCCGCACAACAUCCCACGUCGUACUUGACAAGACAGGCACCCUCACCAAGGGGGAACUCGACGUCCAUGAUGUGCAUUUCAUGGAGAGCGACUCUAACACCUCCAAGUCCCUACUACUUGGGUUGCUGCACGACAUCAAACAUCCCGCCGCCGCAUCAGUGUCUACCUAUCUUCUCUCUAUGGGAGUAACCCCUGAAGUGAUCACCCACCAGAAAGCCCUUCCAGGCCGAGGCGUCGAAGGCCACUCGCCAUCCGGCCAAGUACUUCGCGCAGGAAACUCACGCUGGCUAGGCCUCGAGUCCGACCCAACCGUCCAGCGCAUCUUAUCCCAAGGCUACACCGCCUUCUGCUUCACCAUCGACGGUACCCUAGCAGCCAUCUUCGGGCUCCACGACACGCUCCGCCCCGAAGCACCAUCUGUCAUCGCCCAACUGCGCCAACGCGGCAUCUCUAUCCACAUUAUCUCAGGCGAUGACGACCUCGCCGUUCGCUCCGUUGCUCGCCAACUCGAUAUUCCCGAGCACUGCAUUCGCUCCAGGUGCAAACCCGAAGAAAAGGAAGCCUAUAUUACUCGUCUCCUCAUCCCACCGCCACCAUCACCAGCGCCACCCCGUACCCGUUUCCGUCGCUCCUUUUUCCGCAGCCCACCAAAAUCCAACAAACCUCCUACUGUCCUCUUCUGCGGCGACGGCACCAACGACGCCAUUGCCCUCGCCCGCGCCACCGUCGGCGUGCACAUGGCCUCUACCUCUACCUCCGGAUCCGGAUCCAACGAUAACGUAGCCGUAGCCGAAGCAGCCGCCGACGUGGUGCUCAUCCGAUCCAACCUCACCGGCAUCUUGACGCUACUGGACAUGAGCGAAAAAGCCAUGCGCAGGAUUAGGUUUAAUUUUGGGUGGAGUUUUAUCUAUAAUGUGUUUGCGAUCUUGUUGGCGGGAGGAUUGUUUGAGGUUGUAAGAAAUGGACGAGGGGUAAGGAUACCGCCGCAGUAUGCGGGGUUGGGGGAGUUGGUGAGUAUCUUGCCGGUGUUGGGGGGCAGUUUGACGUUGAGGUGGGCGAGGUUUGCGGGGGAUGAACAUGUCAAGAAGGGUGAGAUUGUGGAAAAGGAGGAUGGUGAUGGGGGAGAAGAUGGGGGAGAAAAUGGGAGUGGGAGUGGGAGGAAAAAGUGGCUUGCUGGGGUGUGGAAGCGAGGGGUGAGGUGA